CAGGACAGAAGAAUUAGCCUCUUUAAGAUUAUAACCUGUGGAGAGUUUUACCUUGUUCACUCGUUCUGGCUGUAAUUACCUACUCGUUCAGACCACAAAGGCAUUACCUGAGGACUUGGUUUGGUUUUCGUCGACCGUUUUAUUCACGUGAAUAAAGACGAACUUUCAGCUGAAAUCUGGGAGGCUGCAGUGAGCCAGCGGAGAUUGUAUGGAUGCAGAUGAGGCACGAUGCUAGCUCGCUAACUAGCUACUAAGGAAAUGGUGAAAGCUGACGUUAUCCACUGAAGAACAGAAACAAAAGUCAAAUAAUUCAGAUGGAGUUCAAUGGAGAGAUCAGUGACACUGACAGCGGCAUCAUCCUUCAUUCAGGCUCGGACAGCCCAACAACACACACAAAGGAUGUGACUACGCACACACGGGCCAUGAAGCUCAAACAACAAGAUCUUAAGGAUCGACUGGAGAUCUGCAUCCUGGAGCUGAAGAAGCUCUGCAUCCGAGAAGCUGAGUUGACCGGCCAGCUGUCAGAUGAUUACCCUCUGCUGCCCGGAGAGAAGCUUCCACAGAUCCGCAGACGUAUUGGAGCUGCGUUCAAACUGGACGAACAAAGCAUCCCUCAGAGGGCAGAGGAGUCAGAACUCAGUUUGGUGGAUGCUGAUUUGGCACUUCAGAUGAAGAUAUACGAAGCAGCACGAAAGCUCUGCGAGGAGCAUCACCUAAGUAAAGCUGUCAGAAAGAGCCGCUUACAACAGCUCAAGAGAGAGGAGAAAAAACUCAAACAGCUUCAAGAAAUGGUUUUUAAGCUGCGACUGGAGCACGGGCGAUCGUCACCACUUCCUGCUUUUAAUAUUUCCCAACAAGAUCUGGGUGCAUCUGAUGACAGCUCUCUGUCCGAUUCUGUCGUGCAGGAUGAAGAAGUAACAAGCCAGUCAUCACAGCAGUCCACGGGACUCUCAUAUCCAGGAGAAACAGACCCUCCCCAGCCUCCCCCUCCAUCCUCACACUCCUUUGUAGACGGCUCCUACACAUCUCCGUCUGCAGCUCCACUGUCUGUGCAGCUGACCCCAUGCUCCUCUCCCCAUCCGAGCCUGAAGUCUACUCACAGUUUGAACUCGAACGCUGCGUAUGACCUUCCUCCCAUCCAGCACUCCCCAUGGACGGAGUCGAGUCUUGAUGAACCAUACCAGAAGAGCAGGAAGUCCCGCUCCUCCAGCAAGAGCACUCCAACCAAAACGGAAUUAUUGCCACCAUUAGAGGCCUGCUUAGCACAAUCUGCUCUGCCCGUGCAACUCUCCCAUCUCAAGCUGAGCCGCACCCAGUCCAACAGCACGCCCUCCACGCCAGAGAUGCGCAUGCACAGACAGCUCUCCCUCAGGUUAUCCAACCCUGAAUCUCAUUUAGAAAAGGACAGAGGUCGCACCAGAGGUCCAAGGAGGCGACUCACAGAAUACACAAUAACUUUACCACCUGAGGCUCUGCCCCCUGCAGUGAACUAUGGGAACCUUACCGGCUCAGAGGACAGCAACUCUGAACACUCGUUUACAUCUUACAACAGCUCACCAUGUCAGGAGUUUCCCUGCAGUUCAUCCCAGCAGUAUCAGCCUGCAUUCUCACACUCUAGCCCAGUUGGCAGCUACGGACCUCAGGUUUACCCACGCACUGGCUUUUACCAUAAUCCCAGGCACCAAUCCAGCCCCAGUUUCCACAAAUCCUAUUACAAUGAAGAAAUGGUGUACCCGCCUGAUCUGGACUUGUCACGGAGCUACUACGCCCAGCCAGCUCCCUCUCCUCCCAACAGAUAUGAGUAUCGCUAUAAAGACACUGCCGUGGCCCACCAGAGAGUGCAGAGACCCUCUGAUGUCAGGCUCUCCCCCUCCCCAGCUCAUUGGGACCGUCCACACUACCGCUCUGCAGGGCUCCCACAACAAGUAGUGAGCGAGCAGCUCAAGUCCUGGCACAGGCGCAGUCAACUCAAAGCCCCAAGGUCCCGUUCUCUCGACAGGCAGGGAGCAGUCAGAGUUAAAAACAUGGCCUCUCGGGAGUCAUCCUGCUAUAUGAAUCCUACUUACCAUGAGCAGGUUAUCCAAAGACGAACUCUUCAGAGAUCAGCAGAUGACUCUCAGACACACUGGAUUGUGGAUGACGGCUCUCACUACAUGAGUCAAGUGUGACCUGAUGCCCCCUGGACUUAAUUUCCUAAAUGAAACUUAGAAUCAUCCUGUUAACAUGCCUGCCUGUGUGGGGGUAGACCAGGCUGAAUUUAAAAUAAACCUGGAAGUUCUUACAGUGCAGCGCUGUCUAGUACAAGUGGACAAACUGAAGCCCCAGGCGCUGCGGUACAGUUCAAUCUAACACCUCUGUGACACAGUCGUAGUUAAAUUGAUUGCACUGGUUAAUUGGAGUUCAGCUGCUGUUUGUGGUGUUUUGUACUAACAGUAACAAGUCAAGUGUCACAAAUUGAAUUAACUGAAAGUCAUAAAAUAUUUUUAAGGGCACUGUUUUUAUUUACGACUUGUGUUCGCAAACAAGAUGUCCAAGGCUGACAAGGAAAUUUUCUCUGGCUAUAAACAAAUCAUCAUCACAGAGAUUUUGUCAUUUUUUUACAGGGUUUUUUCAAUAUGCAGAGCUGUUGAAAAACAGAAAUCUGAGUAGUGGUUGGAGGAGGCUUUAGCUCAGAGAUAGUAGUAGACAGUGUAGUAACAUUAGAAGUAAUGGGAUUUUUACAGUUUUUUCUAAUGAAACUAACACUAAAGUAAUUGUUAAAGUAAAUGUUAGAUGAUGUAAAAUUUAUUUGCAAAAGCUGACAUGUUUGAUUGUUUAGUAGACUGCUUUAGGUACCUUACUAAACAACAUGUGCAGCAUUAUACAGGGCUUUAUAUUAUCAGAAAAUCACUGCCAAAUGAUUGGAAUAAGGAUGGGCAAAAAAGUUUUACUUUUUGUAUUUGUGCUAAGGGAUGAUAAUCUGCUCCUUUCAUGUCUUUCCACUCAGUUUGAAGGAUAUCAAUUCUAUGUAAAAUAAUGUAAAUGUGCAACACAUCCUUUAUUUUUAUGUUUUGUUCAUUAUGUUAUUUUGUCACCACUAUUUUGAAUUUGAAGCUGCUUCAGUUUAAGAUUUGUGAAACUUUUUAUACGUGUGUGGUUGUGCUUAUUAACUUGAAUUAACAAUGAAUUUAAUCACUUAGGUGAAACUAGAUAUUAAACUGAUUUAUUAAGUAGCUUAUUAAGACACAAGCAGAGUCUUGAUGCCUGGCAGCUAUUAAGUUGUAAAAUUGAGAUUAAAUGUCUUCAGCUUUAACACGAUGUUUAAAAGUAUUUGUGCACAGGUGUUUGACCAAACACUAAUCUUUUAAACCAAUACAUUUUUGUCUUUUAAAAAAGAAAAUGAAAUCAAAUUUCUACCAAUUCAGCCACAGCAUACUGUCUUGUUUCUCACAGUGAUUUUUGUUAUUAACUGUGAGCCAGACCUGUAAUAUAAUGGUAUUAACUUGAGUUUCCAAAACCCAGCAGCGUUGAAGACUGCCCUGUUGAACAAUCAUGUAACCUUGUGUGCCUCUUUUUUUACUUUUUUUAAUAUAUUUAUGUAGUAGUUCAGAUGGAGCCAAUGAUGUGUUCUGUAAAAAUGUGAAAAUGGUUUCACUUUCAA